AAUUAACCACUGAUACUUUCUGCACAUAAAAAUAGCAGAAAUAAAUGUCAUAGAGUGUGCGUGCUGUGCAGCUAUUUAACAAAAUCACUUUUGAUGCUCCCGCCUGAGAUAGAAGAAAGAAGGAGGGGAAAAUCAUCUCAAAGUUGAGCCAUGGCAGCUGAUCUGGAUGUGGUGAACCUGUGUAUUAUUGCUGGAGGAACACUGGCUAUUCCCAUCCUGGCCUUUCUGGCUUCCUUUCUUCUCUGGCCCUCUGCAUUAAUUAAAGUGUAUUACUGGUACUGGAGGGGGACUCUGGGCCUGCAGGUGGGCUAUGCGGAUUGUGGUGGUUAUCGCUUUUGUUACUCCUACAGAGGAAAGCCUGGAAUGAGACCUUCGAUCUUAAUGCUGCAUGGCUUCUCUGCUCACAAAGACACAUGGCUCACUGUUGUCAAGUAUCUGCCAAAACAUCUGCACAUUUUGUGUGUGGACAUGCCUGGCCAUGAGGGGACAACACGCACCAACAUAGAUGAUUAUUCCAUUCAGGGGCAGGUCAAAAGAAUCCAUCAGUUUGUGGAAACCAUCCACUUAAACAGGAAACAGUUCCAUCUGGUUGGAACCGGCAUGGGGGGAAAUGUAGCCGGGGUUUACGCAGCCUGCUAUCCCUCAGAAAUCUGUAGCAUGACUCUCAUCUGUCCAGACGGAAUAAGACAUCCAUGUGAGACCAAGUUUGACAAUCAUGUGCAGGACCUGGAGCACAGCAAUUACACCCUGAACAUCCCGCUGAUCCCCACUACACCCGAGGAGAUGGAGGAUAUGUUCAAACUGUGCUCCCAUGUUCGCUUUAAAAUUCCUCAGCAGAUCCUUCAAGGCCUGGUAGAUGUCCGAGAGCCUCACAACACAUUUUACCAAGAAGUUUUUAUGGAGAUUGUAGGUGAGAAAUCAAGAUACGCCUUACAGGACCACUUGCAUCUAAUAACCACACCUUUACAAGUGAUAUGGGGCAAACAAGACCAGGUGAUGGAUGUCUCUGGAGCGGCAGUGAUUGCAGAGACCUUGCCUGAAUGCAGAGUGGAUCUGCUGGAGAAGUGCGGACACUCUGUGGUGAUGGAGAGGCCUUCUCGGACAGCCAGACUCAUUCUGGAGUUCAUCAUCUUGCAGCAAAAUGCCAGAAGUGGCACAAAGAAAGCCACCUGACCUAAAGACUUUUCAUCGUUUCUUGUUAUUCUAAUGCUCCAAGUGCUCCUGCUUUUGUAUAGAAGAUGCAGACACCUCACAAAAAUGUACAAUUAAGAUAGUAAGAAAUUAUUGAAGGUUUCCUGCAUU